GUGGGCAUUCUGUUUCAACUGUUUGGCCGAAUUGGACAUCCCUCCCCUCCCCUCCCCCGGCCUAAUAUUAUAUAACGUGACCACCCAACCCAGUUUCAGUUUGUCACAUUAACGUUGAAGCUCCCAGCCACAAUAACAAUGAUGAGGAGCGCAGCUCUGGGUGUUUACCUGGCCUGCUUCUCAUGUGCGUUGGGUUUGGUGGCUCCGGCGACGGUUUUCACGUUCGGUGACUCCAUCUUUGACGGCGGGAACAACCAUUUCAACAACAAGUGCACCGCUCAGGCGGAUUUCCCUCCCUAUGGCUCUUCUUACUUCCACUACCCCACCGGCAGGUUCACCAACGGGCGUACCGUUGUGGAUUUCAUUUGUCAAUUUAUGGGAAUGGGGCUGCAGCUGCCGUUCCUGGAGGCGCAGAGUGCGGUUUUGAACGGUAGUUGGAAGAGUUACCCUUCCAAUGGUCUCAACUUUGCUAGCGCCGGCAGUGGUGUCCUUGCCGCCACAAACCAAGACUUGGGAGUGACUGCAAUUGAGGAGCAGCUGCAGCAAUUCGAAGCCCUAAUCCAAGAGAAGCAAUUCCAGACCCCGGAGAUCCGGCAGUCCAUCUUCUUGCUGGAAUCGGGAUCCAACGACAUCUUCAACUACUUCCUCCCCUUCGCCCCGCCGAGCCAGCUGGACCCUGAUGCCAUGGUCAGGUCCAUGCUCGCCCAGGUAUCCAGCUUCAUCUCCCGAAUCUACGGGGUGGGCGGCCGCAGAAUUGCCGUCUUCUCCCUUGGCCCCGUCGGCUGCGUUCCGGCCAGGGCCCUGCUCCCUGCCGCGCCCCUCGACAAGUGCUACGACCAGAUGAACUCCAUGGUCCGGAUCUACAAUUCCGGCCUCGAGGAUCUCGUCAAGGCCGUGCCCGCAAACUACCCCGGCGCCGUCGCAGUGUUCGGGGACGUUUUCCACUUGGUGGAGCGCUUCCGCGCGGACCCGCCUCGAUACGGUUUCAAGGAUGUGAGCAACGCUUGCUGCGGGGAGGGGAGGCUGGGAGGGAUGGUGCAGUGUGGGAAGGAAGGGUACAAGGAGUGCGGGAACCCGCGAGACUACUUGUUUUGGGAUUACUUCCAUCCCUCGGAGCACACUUACAGCCGCAUCUCCAAGGCCCUCUGGGCUGGCCGCAACUCAACAAUCAGGCCUUUCAAUCUCCACACACUCUUCUCCACCUCAAACCAAACCCAACCCAAACCCAAACCCAAACCCAACUCAAAUAAUAAUUAAUUUAUGUGUUGUUUCUCCUUAUUACUCCUUGGAUUAUCGAUGCUUUCUCACUCUUAAACUCUUGCUCUCAAUAUUUCAUAUUUUCGCCAACUUAUUAUGUACGUACUAAGGUACUAAAUUAUUUUAAAAUUCCCCUCAUUACUUAUGCAUGCCCAUAUCUCUUCAUGUCAUCAAUAAAAUGUAUCAACUAUUACUAUCCUAUUCUUGUAACACCAUUUAUGGCUUAGGCUCCACCUUUUUCUUCAACUACAUGGUGCAAAUUCCAUACGGGUGGAAGUUAACGGGGAAUUGUUGUGGGUGUAAUUUGUUGGGAGAGUAACCGGAG